AUUGCUUUCCACCAUGUCGCUUUGUUGCCAUCCUCCCAGCCCACAAUGGCCUCCAAGAUACUGCCUGCUACGGUAGCCCGCCGGGCUUUCCCCCUGUGCCCGACCGUUCGCAUUAUUCCGCAAACCUUCGCCUGGACGCCGCCAAUAGCCCGCUGCCAGUCGCAGUCACACAGACCCGCCGUACGAAUUGCAGGGCAACGGAGAGCCAUUUCCUCCACUACGAGGAGACGGUUCGCAGCCGUUGACGAUGCCCUGGAUCCCCGGCUACUAGAGCGCGAAAGCGACGAGGUAGAUGUUUGCAUCAUCGGCGGAGGACCUGCUGGGUUGGGUGCCGCCAUUCGUCUGAAGCAAUUGGCCAACGAGGCGGGCAAUGAGGACUUCAGGGUCCUCGUCUUGGAGAAGGCGGGAGAGCUGGGGGAUCAUAUUGUCUCUGGCAAUGUAACCGAGCCCACAGCCUUGAACGAGCUUCUCCCGGAUUGGAACUCGGAAGAGAACCCCAACCGCUUCGAGCAUGCGACACCUGCAAAGGUCGACCGGAUGCGCUUCUUGACGAAGAACAAGGCCAUCCCCUUACCAAAGCCUCCUCAGAUGGCGAAUCAUGGCAACUACAUUCUAAGUCUCAACCAGCUGGUCAAAUGGCUGGGCGAACGCGCAGAAGAGAUUGGUGUAGAAAUCUAUCCUGGAUUCGCGGCUUCGGAAAUCCUCUACAACCACGAGGGUGUUGUCAAAGGCGUAGCGACCAACGACCUGGGCAUUGGCAGGGAUGGCAAGCCCAAGGACUCUUUUGAGCGUGGCAUGGAGUUCCACGCAAAAGUGACUCUUCUGGCCGAAGGUUGCCAUGGCAGUCUUGCAAAGCAGGUGAUUAAGAAGUAUGACCUGAGACGGGACAGCCAACCGCAAACAUACGGGCUGGGUAUCAAAGAGGUCUGGGAAAUCCAACCCGAAAAGUUUGAGUCCGGCCUUGUUGUCCACUCCAUGGGUUAUCCCCUGCCUUCGGACACUUAUGGAGGCGGCUGGAUGUACCACUUUGGUGACAACUUGGUCAGUAUCGGUCUGGUCGUCGGUUUGGACUACCCGAACCCCUGGCUCUCCCCCUAUGCCGAGUUCCAGAAGAUGAAGCAGCAUCCGAUGUACCGCCAAUACCUCGAAGGAGGCAAAUGUAUCUCGUAUGGUGCCCGUACCCUCAUCGAAGGAGGGUUCCAGUCGAUACCCAAAUGCGCUUUCCCCGGUGGUGCCCUUAUCGGAGAUACCGCAGGAUUCGUCAACCUGCCAAAGGUCAAGGGUACCCAUACGGCGAUGAAGUCUGGCAUGCUUGCGGCAGAGGCGACAUGGGACGCGCUGCAGGGUAACCCUGAUGGUGGAACCGUGUUUCUCUACGACUACGAAGAUAAGCUCCGCCAGUCCUAUAUCUGGUCGGAGCUCAAGGAGGUCCGGAAUAUGCGGCCUUCGUUCCACAACCCACUCGGGCUCUACGGGGGCAUCUUGUACUCUGGUCUUGAAGCCUACGUUUUCCGCGGCAAAGCUCCAUGGACUUUGAAGCACCGCAAGCCGGAUCACGCCGCCACCAAGCUCGCGGAUGAAUGCAAGAAGAUAGAGUACCCCAAACCCGACGGCAAGAUUAGCUUUGAUAUCCUUACCAGCGUCAGCCGAAGCGGAACAAACCACGAAGAGGACCAGCCUGUGCAUUUGCAGGUCAAGGACUGGGACAAGCACGCCCAGAUGGAGUGGCCUAAAUACAAGGGAGUCGAGAAUCGUUUCUGCCCGGCUGGUGUCUAUGAGUAUGUCGAGGACGAGAGCAAGGAGCUUGGCGUGAGAUUCCAAAUCAACGCCCAGAACUGCGUCCACUGCAAGACAUGCGAUAUCAAAGACCCCAGUCAGGACAUCAACUGGGCUACUCCCCAGGGUGGCGAGGGCCCCAAGUACGUACUAACUUGAGAUUUCGGUAUCAAGCUCUUAUAUCGCUGCACAUGGUUUAUUGUUUGGAGUCAGCUGGCGUCUUGCAUGUUUGCAUAUGUAUAUUAGCCCAGCGUUUGGAUGCAAGCUAGAGCGGAAGACUGUAUAGGAGCAUGUCGUUAUACCCAAAUUAAGACAGUUCAGU